GCGUGAGCUUUGCUUGUGAGAGUACAUUUUCAUUUGUGGUUCUGUGCAUCAUAAUGUUCACGGAACUACAGUAUGGGAUCUGUCAGAGCAUAGAGAGUGAUAUUUUAAAGAGGGUGAGCAACAUUCUCUACCGGAGUCCAGUUGUCAAAUUUGGCGGCCUCAUAUAGUUUGAGGUUAUGCCGAUCGUUGACGAAACAAGUAUUCAGCGGAUGUCACAUAUUCACCAGCAAACUCAGGUGCAACAUCCAAGGAUUGAGUUGUAUGUUGAGUUUGAAUAUAUAAUUGCAGAUGAAGUUCAACAUGACCUAGAUGUGCAAGAUGACAGAACUGAAGCGUACGAAGGAAUGAACAAUGAUAGCGACGAGGAGUUUGAAGCUACGUAUAAAGCCGGUGACGAGGACGAGGACGGCGAUGGGGGAGGUGAGGCAGUCGCAAAAACUUUAGUGGUUUCACCCGCAAUGAGUCAACCGUUGACGUUCCACCUUUUAUGCGUAGCUUAGCUCUUGACGCCAUGCAUGCACCGGAGUUUCCCGAAUAUGCAAACAUAGGUGUUGCUGAUCCUGAGGACGGGGAGUUCAGGAUCGGAAUGGAAUACAGUUCUAGAAAAUCAGUCAUUGCGACAAUUCGGGGUUACACUAUCUCCAGAGGAGUCGAUUACGUUGUUUAUGAAUUCGAGCCACAGACGUUCUAUGCAAAAUACAAGACUUAUGGAGGUGGGUGCGAUUGGCUUAUCCGAGCCAGUUUGAUACAGAAGAAAGCUUGUUACGAGAUUCGGAGAUACAACGGGAGGCACACGUGUUCCAUAGGAACGAUUUCACAGGAUCACUCCAAGUUGGACUCGGACACAAAUGUUGAGGCUAUGAAGCCAUUGGUUGAAUCCAACACAUCCAUAAAGUUACCCAAAGGCUUGGUUGGCAAAGUGAAAGUUUUCGGUGGAUGGGAAGAAUCUUACAGAGCUUUGCCAUUGUGGUUCUUCGCAAUGGUGAUGUAG